AUGAUAGAGCCUGCUGAAGUCAAAGGAGGCCCAGGCCUUUCUAUUCAGCUACUCGACCCCUCUACGCCGCUCUACCCUGGCUCCGUUAUCCGCGGCCACGUCACCCGAAAAUCGCACAUUGUCGCAGCCUCUGCGACCAUCCGCAUUUAUCUAAUCGGUGGCUCGGCCGCCUCGCUUCAUGUACAACGCGGUCGCUCCGUAGUAAUUUUAGAUGCGGGCUUCGAGUUCUGGGACCGGAACGCCGUAUCCCAAGUCGUCCAUCAGGGUCCGUUGCACAUCGCACCAGAGCCCAACACCGCGUCGCAGACCUGGGCUUUUACGCUGACGGUGCCUCUACACACGGCUGGCAAAGCCCUGAAUGAUGGGCUUCGAAGGGUUCAACGAGAGGCCAGCUAUCUCCGCGCACCGGGGGAUGUAACAGGCAAGCAGGCUCUGCCAGAGCAACCACUACCGGCGAGUUACGCCAUGACAACCUGUGAAGGGCGCGGGUUCGUGGAGUACUUUCUCGAAGCGGCGAUACUGUUAGAGGGGAGGAAGAUGCAGCCUAUUGAGGCGACUCUGCCAGUGAGGGUGUUGUCACGGCCGGCGCCGGCGGUGAACACGGAUUUCGAAAUGCGUGGCACGAUGACGGAAGGAUCUGUGACGAUCCCGGCAUGGCACUUCAAGUUGCGGGUGGAGUGUCCCUCGGUCAUUCAACUGGGCAACCCUGCCGCUAUCCCGUUCCGGCUCAACAUCAUCCCCGACGUUGCGAAGAGCUCCAAGAUACUUCGCGAUGUCCUGCAAAAGGUUUAUCUGACGAACGCAGUGAUUAAACUAUUGACGAUAGCGGGUGUAUCGUGCCCGGGAACAGGAGAAGCGCACGAGGGUACAUGUACCGAAACAAUGACAUUGCACCUUGAUCAAGCCAUCGCGGUUAAGACUGGUUCACUCCUGGUUCCCUCAGCUGCGGGAGAGAGAGCAUUGGAGCUGGGCGCGCCUUUGGAUGCGUGCAGUCGCCGGGCACAGCGCGAGGAGAAACAUCAUUAUCCGCUGGGGCCGGAUUACACAACGUACUGCUUUUCCUUUACUCACACUCUCAAGUGGGAAUUCCGCCUUGUCAUUGCAGGGGAGCCAUGGGAGUGUAGCGGGUCUCAAAAGGUUGUCGUGUUGCCGGCUGUUGAGAGGGUGGCAGCUGCAGACACCCAGUCACUAUCGCCACCCGCUGGUGCCUCGGAGGAGCUUCCGGCGUACGACAGGACACGUGGGCCAGUGCCGACUUACGAGAAUGUCGUCAAUAAUGGCGAAGUUUCGAUAUCGGGAUACGAGAAGUCAUAG